AAAAAAUUCACAACACACACCUCUCGCGACAAAGAUCUAAAAAUCGUACAACCACGAGUCGGAGAGAAAACGUUUGAUCAUAUCGUCAUCUAUUUAUCAUCACACACAAAAGAAUAUUAACGAAUAUUAACAACAACAACAACAAUUAUAUAUAACUGUACAACAAUAACGAUGAGUGAAUUAUUAAAGACUAAAUUCGAUGAACUUAUGUUGUUGGUUCAACAAAAGCCUUCUAAACAAGCUCUGAUUAAAUGGCUCUUAUUCAGUGGUGGUAUCUUGAUUUUGAUUUAUGUAUACAAGGCUAGUGGAAUUGGAAAACUCUUCCGUAAGAAGCCUAGAGCAAUCCGUGAUCCAAAUAUCAACUCUACUCACCGUUCUAAACAAUCAACUCUUAAAGAAAACGAAUAUGAUGUUUGUAUUGUUGGUGCUGGUCCAUCAGGAGCUACUUGUGCCUAUUAUCUUGCCAAGUUUGGAUACAAAGUUUUGGUUUUGGAGCAAAAGUAUUUCCCACGUGAAAAGACUUGUGGAGAUGGUUGUACUGCCAAAACUCUUGCAUACCUGAAGGAAAUGGGUGUUUUACAAGAAUUAGAAAAGGAAGGAAAGGUCGCCAGUAUGGGAAGUGGAGGUAUUGUUGGUCCUAAUGGUUUGAGUUUCAUUGAAAAUUCUGGUGCUACUAUUGAAAAGAUCAGUGGUGACAAUAAUUGGACACCAAAAGCAAUCAAGAGAAUUCACAUGGACGAAAAGGUUGCUCGUGCUUGUCAAAAGAUGGGUGCCGAUCUUAAGGAAGGUAUGGAUGUCACCAAGGUUAGUCGUAACUUUGUCGGAUUGAAGGGGUGGUCUAUUGUUGCUAAUCACACUCCAAAGGAAGAUGGUGAAACCAAGCAAGUUAAAUUUUUGGCUUCAGUUCUCGUUUGUGCUGAUGGUGCUCCAUCUAAGCUUGCUACCUCACUCAAGAUGGUCAAUGAAGAACCACAAGGUAUUUCUUCAAGAGUUUACGUUUCGAACCACAAGAUGGAAACUAAUUGCAUUAUCUUCUAUCCUAAGCCAGUUUUGCCAGGUUAUUGUUCAAUGUUUUGUCACUCUGAUGGUGAUGUUUCUUUGUGUACUUAUAUUGUUCCAGGUGGUAAACCAACUAAGGAUGAUUUGGGUAAACUCCAUGAAUAUUGUACAACUGAAGAUCCAUUGAUUACAAAGGCUCUUGGCCCAAAUCCUCAAUGGCAACAAAUGAAGGCUGCUUAUUUGAGAUUGGGAGGUAUUUCUAACUCAUACGGUGAUAAUAUUCUCGUUAUUGGUGAUGCUUGCGGUUUGAUUAAUCCAAUGACUGGUGAAGGUAUUCACUACGCUAUGGAUAGUGGUAAAAUGGCUGCUGAAGUUUUAGGUGAUGCCAUUAAGGGUGGUGAUCUUUCAAAGAAUAAGCUCAAACUCUAUCAAGAUAUGUGGGAAUACCAAUUUGCUAAUGACUUCCAUUUCUCUAACGAAGCUGCUGUUCUCGUUGCUAAGUAUCCACUCCUCCUUGAUGCUGUUGCUUCAGCUGUCAAGAAAAAGGGUGGUAAAUUCUUGGCUGAAUUUGCUAUGGUUUCUUCAGGUGUGAAGAGUUGGUCUUGGUUCUUGAGACCUGAUGUUGCUUUGCCACUUCUUCUUGAAGUUGUUCUUCUUUCAAUCUUUGGUACUCCAAAAAGACAAAAAUAAAUUAAUUUAUUAGUCCUU